UGUUCAGUGUAGCUGCUCAUCUGGGAACUUUAAAGAAAGAAAAUGGACGACUCUCUCUCCAAAAUUAGAAACCAUGCCUCACCUUCUCUCCUUUUUCUUCCCCUCUUUUUCCUGUGCCUCCUCAUCUUCAGCUCGUAAACAGGAGAUCAUAAAGAUGACGGAGCAGCUGAUCGAGGCCAUCAACAACGGGGAUUUUGAAGCGUACACGAGGAUCUGUGACCCUGGACUCACCUCUUUUGAGCCGGAAGCUCUUGGAAACCUGGUGGAGGGAAUGGACUUCCACAAGUUCUACUUCGAGAAUCUGCUGAGUAAAAACAGCAAACCCGUCCACACCACCAUCCUCAACCCCCACGUCCACCUGAUCGGAGAGGACGCCGCCUGCAUAGCCUACAUCCGGCUGACGCAGUACAUCGACGGCCAGGGUCGACCGCGCUCCUGUCAGUCGGAGGAGACCCGCGUCUGGCACCGUCGAGACGCCAAGUGGCUCAACGUCCACUUCCACUGCUCAGGAGCUCCGGCGGCGCCGCUGCAGUGAUCUUCACCACAGGCCCAGGUUUUGCCUGAGAGUCAAAAGCUGUUUGGAGCGUUUAUUCUCCAUGGCUGGAUUUGAUCCUGGAAUUCUGGCCGAGAGGAGGAGGAGGAAGAGGAGGCUGCUCGGAACGUUGUAUAAAUAACAUACAGAGAGGAAAAUAUAUUUCAGUUAAAACACACACACACACAAACACACACACAAAAGUAUCUAGAUUUUAGAACCCCGACUGUGAAAGACUGACCUUCACUGAACCAGUCCAACACUAGGAGAUGAUGAUGAUGUAGAUGAUGAUGAUGAGGAGGAGGAGGUCCAGCUGCUGUCAGCUCCUCCUCACAGGUGGUGCAUGCUGCCGGUGGUGCUGGUGACCUGAGGGGGGCACCAGCCUGGUUCUUAGUUUCCCAUCGUUUCUGCUCCUUGUUCUGUCCGUCGUCCGGAUGAAAAAACAAACCAGUGUUUAGUUUAGUUUAGUCUAAAAAAGUCUGUAAAACACUGAACCAAUAAACAGUCAGUCACAGUUCAGACCUAGAAGGACAGCAGCAGCAGAGUUAGGACUAAAGUUAAAGUAUUCUCUGUUUUUUAACACGUGACAGGAAGUGUUGGUUUUCAGUAACUGCCCUGAAAGAAUUUUUUUUUUUUUUAAACCUUUUUCUAUCGCGUUCUGAAGCUGUUUGACUGUUUCAUCAUCUGAAUGAUGUAUGUUGAGGUUGUUUUGUUGGGUUUA